GUUAUGUGAUCGGUGAUCAGGGCAUCAACAUUCGCGUGCUGGAUAACAAUUGGGAACUGUAGUUUAUCAGCCUCAGCCUCAGCCUCCGGCUAUCGUCCAAUUUUUCACCAGUAGAGGACCAGCAGUCAGACUCCAGUCCACCACCCCAAGGGCACUUUCGUCCUUUUUCGGUCAAACGCCCCCGCAGCCCGAAGCCCGUGGGGGCCCCCGCCCCACAAAAGCCCGCGAGAAAUAUAUUCCCACGAAAUCCCAAAACUACCGAAAUCCAAACGAGCCCCCAGUUGGCACACGUUCGUCAUUUGGCAAUGUACCAGGGUUAAUAUGGGUAUUUAGCCUAAGGAGGGCCGCUUUUAAAGCCCCAAAGCGGGAGCCGUGAUGAAAGCUUGCACAGGUGUCCCGUGUGCGUGUGUGAACUGAGAAAGAGAGACAGAGAGAGAGAAAGAGGAAAGAGAUCUCACCGGAGAUCCGACGAGCUCCGCUGCCGCUGAAAAUGACACCAGGCGUUGGCCGGGGUAUCCCCAAUGACCAGAGCCUCGAGAGGCAGAUAGAGAGGCAGAUGGGGUGCAUGGCCGGAUUCCUCCAGCUAUUCGAUCGCCAGCAUGUUCUCGCCGGGAAGCGGAUCUAUGCCGCUCGGCGCCUCCCCUCCUCUCCGGUCGCCGGAUCGACGUCGCCGUCGGAUAGAUCCGAGGUUUCCUCGGUUUCGUUCCUGAAUGACAUCCAGCGUUUCCCGUCGCCGGAGGCGUACCCAUCCUCGCCGGAGUGCCGGGCUCCGGCGGAGGAGGCCCCGGCGAGGCCGUCGCUCCCGCUUCCUCUCCCUGUAUUGGAUUUCAAGGAUGGGCUGAGGUCCUCCUGGAGGAUGCGAGAAGCACCGAGGCUUUCCCUUGACAGCCGCGCCGUCGUGGACGCUAAGGGUAAGCUCCGCCCGCGGGAGAUCCGGACGGUGGCCUUCGGGAAACAAUCCGACGUCUCGGAGGCGGCGGAUGACGGCGAGAGGCAGCGACGGUCCCCGAGCGUCGUCGCCCGACUGAUGGGGCUCGAGGCCCUGCCGGACGCUGGAAGCGGUGGUGGGGGAGGUGGGGAGCCGAAGAGGUCCGAGCUCCGGCGAUCCGCGUCGGAGUCUCGGGUUCCUAGAGACUACCGCUUCGUCGACGAGGGCUCCUUCAAGAAGCCGCCGCCGGACUCUGCGAUCUCCGGCAAGGAGUUCUUCUGGCCGGAUUUCGGGGACUUCCGGCUCCGAAACGCAAAGCUCGAGCCGCCGCCGAGAACUCUCCUUCCACCCAUCCAGCGGAAGAGCUUCUUCGACGCCCAGGACUUCUUCCCGGAGCCGCCGAAGCGGACGGGAUCGCUCUACGGCGAGAUCGAGCGGCGCCUCCGGAUGCGAGGCAUCGACGAGCCGGCCAAGGAUCUGGAGACUCUGAAGCAGAUCCUGGAGGCGAUCCAUCUCAAGGGCCUCCUCCACUCCAGGGCCUCCGAUAUUCAAAUCAACGGCCGCCGCAACUUCAUCGACGACCAACACCACGACUCCCCGAUUGUCGUCAUGAAGCCGUCGGCGAAGCCUCCCCGGCGACCCAUCAGCGAGUCCCCUCCUAAUCCCUCCAGAUCCAUGUCCGCCCGCCGGACUGCAUGCUCGGAUGGCGGCCUUCCGCCGGCGAGAGCGAGGAGGGACCGUGCGGAGGUCGAUCGGAACCCGAAAGGUAUCAAUGAUAGGAGAACCAGGACCCCGAGGUCCCCGGAGCCGAGCUCUCCGGCUAGGCGGAGGCCGCCCUUAAAUGCGGAGCCCCCGAGGAGCCCCCAGCCCCAGCGGAGGAUCUCCGCCGUCCAAUCCCCCAAGGCCGGUCCGAAAAGGCUUGCUGCACCGGACCCGCUGGCCGUCCGAUCUCCAAGGAAUGGGAGAGUGACCCCUGAUGUCUCUCCCAAGGAUAGGAUCUACUUGCCGGCGGAGGACGAUACCUCGACCAUCGUCUCCGAGAGCAGCAUCAGUUCUUCUUCUCAAUUACAUUUCGAGAGAUCGAGGGCAGAGGAGUACAGGGUGGGGAGGAGUUUGUUGGAGAGGUGCGACAAGCUGUUGCACAGUAUCGCGGCGAUCACGGGGGCGGAGCAGGUUACCGCGGUGGAGCAGCAGCCGAGCCCGGUGUCGGUGCUGGACUCGUCCUUCCUCUGCGACGAGAGCUCGCCGUCACCCGUCACCAAGCGCGCCAUCGACUUCAAAGAUCGACUGGUGGAAUGGGAGGAGGACAACUGGAGCCCAGCAACGCCAGCUGUCAGAAAGAACGGUGCAGAUGGGCUCGACGCGGGGGACCACGACUACGUGUACGUCUCGGAGAUAGUCCGCGUGUCCGAUCUUGUUCGCGACCCUUCCGACGUGUACGCUUUCCUCGAGAAGCGCCACCAGGCUCCGUCCAAGGCCUCGCGUCUCCACCGCCGGCUCGUCUUCGACACCGUCGCCGAGAUCCUCGACGUCAAGCGCCACGUGGUCCCCUGGGAGGCCUUCACACGUUCGAGGUCUAUCCCCUCCGCCGGCGACGUCGACAGCGUUGGCGGCGCCACCCCGCUGGUGCGGGAGGUGUGGGUGGAGGUGCGGCGGAUCCGGGAGCCAGUCUACCCGGCGGACAACCUCAACGACGUCACGUGUGGCGCCAUCUGCAAGGAUCUCGCCGGCGAGCGCGGCUGGGGCCCCUGCCCCGCCGCCGAGAUGUCCGACGCCGUCCUCUACAUUGAACGGCAGAUCUUCAAGGAUCUCGUCGCCGAGACCAUCCGCUACCUCGCCGACCUCUCCUCCAAGCCCACUCGCCCCCGUCGGAAGCUCGUCUUCUAGUUCUCCUUUUGUUCCUCCUUUUUUUUUUUCUCCCCCUUCUAAUCAAUUUUAAAAAAAAUAUUUCCAACGCGUCAGUUGCUUCCACCGUUAGACCGGUGUAACGGAUUAACAGUCAGUAACACUAAUUUAAGUCCCUCCUUUAUUUUUGUUUUUUUAACGGCUCUGAUUUGAUAGUGGGUGAUAAGGUGGACCCCAAUGUGUGCCCUAGUCUAGUACUAUGUAAUCGUGGGCUGCAAGAGUUAUGGGAACCCGCCUUGUCUUCUUGUCAUGCUCUGCUUGUGAUCCAUUUGAACAUUUGGAGGGUAGCCGAGGCCACAGCAUGGAGGGGGCCGAUGAAGGUGAUAGAAUCAUUCGGGGCCCGAAGGUAAGUGUGACUGCUGUCCUUCAAGGAUGCAAACCCCAUCCCACUGGCUUGGAGGCUAGCGAUGGUAUUACUGAGCCGGAGUGUAGCAGGUUCGGGUCCGCAUCGACGUCAAAUGGGACACUGACAUCGUUGCAUUUGGAGGCAGCAGUCGGUUGUGCUGUCUCUGUUUCACAAUAGUCCUGCUCUAAUGGUAUUGUAGCAGAGAUGAUGGAUGGAGGUCUGGGUCUUGUUUGGAUGGUUAAGGAAAUUAAAAAUUAUGAGGGGACCAGUUUUGGCCAUGUUGUUGGUUCAUGAUUGUGCCAAAAUUGCUCUGCAUUUGAAUCGCCGAAUUCAUUUACUUUUUGUGUUUUUUUUGGAUUCUCCAUCACCUAGGCAGAGAGAGACCUCACACUCAUCAAGAUAGAUUGGUAAAACAGAGGCUGGAGGAUUGGAGAAGGUAAUGUGGGGUCAAAGUGAGCACUCCAUGAUGGCCAUGUGACAUAAGAGAGAUAUAUCGGGGCAAGUACUUGCAUUGUUAGGUGAAGAAGAAUAGCUAAGAUCUUUCCUUGCUUGGGCCUGCUGGAUUGGCUAAAAGAUUCUUCACUGGGCAUGUGCUUGGUCCAAAUGUACCAUGUACUAUUUAUAAUGAGUGGAUUUGCCUGGAUUUUAC